UUGUGCCCCUAGAAAGGUGUCAUGUGAUAGUUCUUAUGCUAUCCGCUAAGAGGUGCAAGAUAGAAAGAAGAAACAGCAGUUUCGAAGCCUUGGUUAUAACUUAAAAAGGCUUCAGUUUCCUUAUACGCAGGUUUAACUGGGGAGAAGCUGGAUAUUGAUCGAGACCAAGCUACUUGGUAAAGAGCGGAGAACUCCGCACGGAUAUAAUGGGUUGCUGUUACAGCAGCGAGACCGAGUCGUCGCACGGGGAUGGAGAUGAACAUAAGCCACUGAUUACACAUCCAAACCCAGAAAGCAAACCCCUGAACGGGACGGAGCGUAGUCCAGCCAGCCUGUCGUCUGCCCGCACCGAUGAGCAGGCACUUCUCUCCUCCAUUCUCAUCAAGACAGCAAUGAACAUCAUAGAUGUAUCGGCUGCGGACUCGCAAGGGAUGGAGCAGCAUGAAUACAUGGACAAGGCUAGACAGUACAGCACUAAACUGGCUGUGCUGAGUACUACUCUGUGUCAGAAGAAGCCAGCCCCUCUGCCCACCCUGACCAGCCAGCCUCACCAAGUGCUUGCUAGUGACCUGGUGCCAUAUGCAGAUGUCCAGCAGGUGUGUAAGAUCGCUGCCUAUGCUUACAGUGCAAUCUCCCAAAUCAAGGUGGAUGUUAAAGAAGAAUUAGUGGUGCAGUUUGCUAUUCCCUGACUUGCACCCCCAACUCACCGGCCCAGCCCAGCUCUUCUCUCUCUGUUCCCACUUAAUAAUUCUUCAGCUAACUAAGCAUGCAAAGGAUGAUCCUGCCUCUACUUUCUCUAAUUAGACACACUGUUUCUCACUAGACUGUCUUGGGCCCCACCCCUGGGGCCUCUGACCUGCACAGCUUUGUGUGUGAAGACUAACACACCUUGACUGUCUGGAGUCUCAUUCAGUGUCUGAGUGGGUUUCCAGUGGCUCUGACUCGUAGCAACAAAAGUGGAAUGCCCGCUAGCCACCCUCUAAGUCUUGAUCCUCUUUCCUAAUAGGAUCCCAAUAAACUCAUCGUGUUUUGUCUGUGUGUAAACGCACUGACGUUUGUAGUUGGUGGUGUUUUGAUUUAUGAUAGAUGCCUUUCUUCUCGCCCCUCCUGCACGGUGGGGGGGUGGGGGUGGGGGUUGUUUGGCUAAUUGGCAUAGUGGCCCGAACUGAUAUACCAUGUUUUAGUGUAUCUUUUUUUCUGGUGUGUUUCAGCUGGUUGAUAGACUGAGCAAAUAUAGUCUCUACAUCUGCUUGAUUCCACAUUUUCCACCGAUAUUGGGUGUCUAGUGUUCAGUUUACAUGUAAGAUAUGUCUACAUAUGGAACACAGGCUAUGGGUGGUGUGUACAUGAGUGAGCAAGCUUGCAUGUGUGCAUGUGUUAGUUUUGUUGUUUUACACCCUACUGAUCUUUACAAAUCCAGCUCAGACAUCUGUCUUAGUGCAGAACUCUCUAACCUCAUCCGGAUCCAUAUACAGACCUAUUCACACGUGGGCCCUGGUUCAUAUUUUUUUGACAUUCUUUUUCAUGUAGUAAACCCCACAAUGUGUGAUUUUUAAAGCAACACACAGAUUGCUGCCUAUCUAAUUCUCCUAUUAAAGGUCCUGCAAAGUCAGAUUUAUUCGUUCAAAAUCUGUUUACUGAUCAUUUAAAAUCAGUUAUAAACACUAAAUGGGAGUCUUCAAGUCUCACUAGAGAUGAGUAGUUUUUAUAUAGUCUGUAUAUUGUAUGCUUCCAUUUAUCAAUUUUGCUAUUGUAUUGGUCAAAUCUAGAAAAUGGUGGUCAUUGAGGCACAGACCUUUGAUCAAAUUGUUUGUAUUCUCCAAUAGCAAACUUUGAAUGUGAAGGUAAAAGUAUGUGAGUUAUCUUUCUUGUAGGACCUUUAAUGAUUGUGUGCAGCACGUUGUCCUAAGGCCUGUGUUGAAUCUAUAGCAUUGGAGUGGCCAUAAAAUGUUCUAGGUUUCCACAGUGGCUUGAAGUCUGUUGCGGGCUAAUCUUACCCUGUUGUCAAUCUACCUUCAUUCAAAUGUCAGCUCCUUCCGAGAACCUGUCCUUCAACAUUAACUAAGACAUAUCAGGGCGAGACUAGGUCUUAAUAUUCAUUAUUCAUUAGUCCUAGCUUAGAAUUGUAAGAACUUGGGACCGUGAUUCUGCUUUUGUUACCGUGAAUCUUGAAGGUUUUCGGUCUUUGAACCUUGAAAUGGAACUUUGCCAAUGUUCACAACAAAUAAGAAAUUCUGGAAAUUCAUAUUGUGCUUAAACUUAUUUUUAUUUUAUUUACCGAAUGUCAGAGGUGUAGGGCUGUGAGAGUUUGGGAGUUUUGUACAGAGAGAUUCGGGGGGGGGGGGUUGGGUUGGGUAGGAUUGGGGCAAAACUGUAAAUGAUCUUUUUAUUGAUGCCUUUAACAUGCAGACUGCGUGUCUUUUGGGAAGAGGCUCUUUCAAAGAGCAGAUGUGUGUGUGUGUGUGUGUUUGUGUGUGUGGUUUGUAUCAUCAAUGGUUCAGAAGGAAGCAAAAAGGAAUUAGGAGACCUUUGUAGUGCCCCCUGUGUGCUAAAGGUUUCAGACUGUAAGCUUUGAAACCAGUAGCUAAAAUCACUAGUUUUUACUAAAGCGUCAGCAGAACAGCAGCACAUGUACUCUGCCUAUUCAACUUUUAAGCAAACAAAAGGCCAAAUCCAAAGCCUGAUUUCCACAUAUUGAUACUAAAAUCUAAACUUCCAAUGAUCAUGCCCCAUCUGUGGGGGAAUGUGCGGUAGAGAAAGAAAGGGAAAAUGAAGCAAGUACAUCAGCAAUUGGUGUACUUUCUUUAUGAGGUGUGACACAAUCGGCAUAAAUAAUUUUCAACUAUUUAUUUUUCUUUUAAUGUAUUUAUGUAGGCUUAUAAAUAUGAUUCUGGUGAAAACUGGUUCUACCAGAGCAUCAGGCACCUUCAUUGGGUUAUGAAAGGGAUAAAUGACGCUGUAAAAAAACGUUUGUUUUUUGAAAAGCAUUUUCUUUUUGCUUUUCGCAGUGUGCUAAUAGUAUUGUUUUGUUUUCCUUGUUCUCUACCUAAAUGUGUACUACUACCUGGAUUACAAUGUUAAUUUCCUAGGCUAGAACCAAAAAGUUUGAUUAAAAUAUGCUGAUAAUAC